GGUAGGCCCAUAGUGGAAGCGCAGGUAGCCCAUAGUGGAAGCCCAAGUCGGCCGUCGGCCCAACUCGGCCCAUAUUGGAAGCCCAAGUCGGUCGUCGGCCCAUCUCGGCCCAUAGUGGAAGCCCAUAUAGGCCCAUAGUGAAAGCCCAACUCGUCCCAUUGUGAAAGCCCACGAAGCCCAUAGUGGAAGCCCAAGUCGGCCCAUAGUGAAAGCCCAUGUCGGCCCAUAGUGGAAGCCCAACUCGUCCCAUAGUGAAAGCCCAACUCGGCCCAUAAUCGAAGCCCAAGUCUAAGUCCAUAGUGAAAGCCCAGGUAGGCCCAUAGUAGAAGCCCAUGUCGGCCCAUUGUCGAAGCCCAAGUCGGACGCCGGCCCAACUAGGCCAUCGUUGAAGCCCAGGUCGGCCCAUAAUGGAAGCCCAGUUAGGCCCAUGUCGGCCCAUAGUGGAAGCCCAUGUCGGCCCAUAGUGAAAGCCCAAUUCGUCCCAUAGUGAAAGCCCACGAAGCCCAUAGUGGAAGCCCAAGUCGGCCCAUAGUGAAAGUCCUAGUAGGCCCAUAUUGGAAGCCCAGAUCGGCCCAUAUUGGAAUCCCAUGUCGACCCAUAGCGGAAGCCCAUGUCGGCCAAUAUUUGAAGCCUAUGCCGUCCCAUAUUGGAAGCCCAAGCCGGCCCAUAGUGGAAUCCCUAGCCGGCAUAUUGUGGAAGCCCAAGCCGUCCCAUUUUGGAAGUCCAAGCCGUCCCAUAUUGGAAGCCCAAGUCGGCCCAUAGUGGAAGCCCAAAUUGGCCCAAAUGAAAGCCCAAAGUGACCCAUAAUGGAAGGCGUAAGCGGCCCAUAUGGGAAGCCCACGAUGGCCCAUAAUGGAGCCGAACUUAGUGGUGGAAGCCCGUUUUCUUAAACUGCCGUAUCUAGCAUGGACCUCCAUUAUACGAGGGAGAAAUAAAUCCCUUUACCCUCCGAACUUCCUUGUCCCACCUUCUGUUCUUUGCUCGAUCCUCUCCCGAUGCCAAUCGCUUUGCUUCCCUGCGUAGGUUUCAAGGUGGGAUGAAACCUAGCAUUUAUUUUGAUGCACGCUUUCCUGAAUCUUCAAUGGCACAGAAUGGUCGAGGUGGCUUAGUAUUUUUUUUUUUUUUUUUUAAAAAAAUGGACAAAUAAAUCAGAAGGAAUUACACGUGUCAAAACAGGAUACGUCACACAUGAAGAUUGAUAAAUCGCCGUCACUCUGAAUCACGGGUUUACUCGUACAAGUCGCAACGAGUAGACGAACAGACUCAUUUAAUCCUGAAACAGACUGCGUUCUUAUCAGUUAUCAGAAACGAAGCGACCUCCCAAAUACCUCACACAAAUUUCCCGGCACCGGAGCCGCCAUGGACGCCGCCAACAACGCACACCACCACCAUGUGUACAGAAUGACGCCGCCGAUUGAUUCCUCCACCGCAUCGCCGGAGAUGACGCACGGCACGAUGAUGCUGCACAUGACCUUCUUUUGGGGAGCCAACGCCGAGAUUCUGUUCAAUCGCUGGCCUGGCGAACGCGGCGGCAUGUACGCCUUGGCCUUGAUCUUCGUUUUCGUGCUUGCUUUCAUCGUCGAGUGGCUUUCGCAUAGCCGAUUGAUUAAGGAAGAUUCGAGCGCCGCGGCGGCAGGAUUGAUCCGGACUCUUUUGCAUACGGUUAGGGUUGGAUUGGUGAAUUUAGUGAUGCUAGCCGUCAUGUCGUUCAAUGUUGGAGUGUUUUUGGUCGCCAUCGGUGGCCAUUGCCUCGGAUUCUUGCUGUUUGGGAGUAGAUUGUUCAAGAAAUCGGCCGUGGCUUCUGGGUCAGCCUCAAGAACAGAGCAGCCAGUUACAUCGUGACACGUGGAUAAGGAUUCAAGAAACCUAAGGCGGCGGAGACGAGACACGUUGCUAACUAAUAUCCUAAACCUUCGAAGUCUAAAAAAAAUAUCAUUAAAAAAUAUCUGCGCACUUUUCUAACAUUUUAAAAAAUU